UACGUCAUUUCCGCUUGCGCAAUCCACAUUUCCGUCUUGUUUAGCUAACCAUAACAAUCAUGGCGGCGUACGCACAGUUUGGAAGGUUGCUGGGCGUUUCAGCGAGACUUUUAAGGCCGCUCGUUGGCAGCGGCUGUCCAAGCACUGGAUUUCCAUCACAGGCAACAAGAGUCUCAAACAGAAUGCCACUAAACCCCAUUUGGGUUAUUCCUGGACGAACAAUGUUUGUGCAGACGCAGGACACUCCUAAUCCAAACAGUCUGAAGUUUCUGCCUGGCCGGACGGUUCUUGAAGAAGGGACUAUGGAUUUUGGAGGCCCUCGUGACGCAUACUGCUCCCCCUUAGCCAGGCAGCUUUUUAGGAUUGAUGGAGUUAAAAGUGUUUUUCUUGGCCCAGAUUUCAUUACGAUCACAAAGUCUGAUGCAAACAUGGAAUGGAAAGUAAUAAAACCAGAUGUAUUUGCUGCUAUCAUGGAUUUCUUUACUUCUGGACUCCCUGUUGUCAAUGAGGACAGCAAGCCCAGCGCAGACACAGCACCGUCAGAUGAGGAUGAUGAAGUGGUUGCUAUGAUCAAAGAGCUCCUGGACACUAGAAUAAGGCCAACGGUGCAGGAGGACGGCGGCGAUGUUGUGUACAGAGGGUUUGAGGAUGGAGUCGUUAAACUGAAGUUGCAAGGCUCGUGUACCAGUUGCCCCAGUUCCAUUGUUACGCUGAAGAGCGGCAUCCAAAACAUGCUCCAGUUUUACGUCCCUGAGGUGGAGUCAGUGGAACAGGUAAAGGAUGAUGAAGACGAAGAGGCUGCUCAACUGUGAUGAACUGAUUCCAAAACAUUCUUAUAUUUCCCCAUUUUCCCACCUUCUUUUAUUCAUUUAAAGUUGCAAUAAAAUAAGUUUUGUAGCACAGAUGUGCAGAAAUACAUCUUUUUUAAUAGUGAUUAUUUUUAUUCCUAGAUGCCAAUGAUUUCAAUUGCUAUGGCUUUUGCUUCAUCAGUAUUUAAGAAGAACUUGCAAAAUAAUUGAUCACUAACAAAAAAGAUGUUUAAUUUAAAUCAAUUGUAUUUUUUCUUUCAUUGUGUUACAUGUUGUCUCUUUUUGCCAGUCAGCGAGCCUUUAAUUUGAAAGGACAACCUGUAUAAUGUAUACUAUGUUACUAUGUAUCUGUAUAAAUAAAGUUUGUUGAAAUAA